AUGAAAAGGAACGUGUUGGCAUGCUCUGUGCAACUCAACGUGAAACGAUUGAAGGACUCAGUGCCGAAGCUGCAACACAGCAUGAAACGAUUGCAAGACUCAAUGCUGAAAUUACAGAACAACGUGAGGUUAUUGAAGGGCUUCUACAAUCUCAUUCUUCCUAUACGCGUUGCGUUCAGAAACACCGCAGUGGGGAGUUGUGAGAGAGCUUCUGCCCCCGAGCCACUUGAUCUGGAAUAUGUAACUGCGGAGCUCCUCAGCGUUUCAUUGCCCUGUCUUGACUACUAUGUAUAA